AUGGGACUUACGAAAGGCUCAACGAGCUACGUUCGACUACGCGGUACAGCGAGUGUCGUCGGCCUAGGGUCCUUUGAAAGUAGUAAAGGAGUUCCCAGCAAGCACACUGCAGUCAAAGCACGAGGACACUUCGCUGUAGGGGCGCACGAAUUUUACACCAGCGCCCGCUGUCCCCGACUUCUCUGCGAUAGCUUUUUAGAAGCGGUGUACCCUCGCUCUAAAUAUUGCUGGACAUGUAAGGUAUUCUUCGGCCGUGACGCAGUAGAAGCGGAAAACAUCGCAAGAAUCGGUCUUGCACAAAUUGAGAGGCAAGGGAGACCUGCAAAGUACAAGCCCACGGAAGAGUCGCCUGCUCCGGCUGCAAAGCGCGCAAGACACUAG